UCUCCUGCUUUAUAGUAGAAAAGAAUUGCUUAUUUAUGGUGUCAUCUGUGUAUUCAAAUUUUGGCUUAGUUUUCACUCAUCUAUAUGCGUCGUGCCACCAACUUCUUAACUUCACUUGGAAUUCAUCGUCAAUGUGUGCCAACAAAGCUGAAUAUUGUUCUUUCCAUCAGAUGGGUUGGUGGGUUGGUUUUAGAUUUCUCAGGAAGAGAGAGUUGUGGGGUGUGUUGUAAUCAGGGCUCUGAAAAGGGGUUUUGAGUGUUUCGUUAAUUAUCGAUCAGAACAUGUUAAUUUCGUGAGAGUUGGAGGUGGUGGCUUUGGCUUGAAGCCUUGUCGAGAGACUGUGGUUUAAUGGGGAAGCAGGGGUCUCCAAGAAGUCCUCGUCCUAAAUCUGUUGGUGCUGAUUUAUCAUUGGGGAUGAAAGAGUAUCAGGGUAGAUGCCCGGAAACUCUACCGGGAAGUGAUCCUUCUCUUGGGAGGAGAAUAUCAGGGGGAGAUUACAACUGGAACAGAAAUUUGCUGCUUCAUGGGUUGAAAAAUGAGCCAGCAAAAUUUGGGGCUUGUAAGGGAGUUUAUGUAGGGAAAAAGCAUACAUGGUUUCGUAAGCAUGUGAGGUCGGUUGUUUUUAUGUUUGGGCUAAUGGGUUUCCUUUUCCUGCUUGAUUCCCUUAUGGUCUCUAUUUUUGAUUCAAUGAAUCUUCAGGGCAGUUCCGCCCCAAGCAAAUCAAGUGGCCUAAAGGAGGAUAAGAGUUAUCCCAAUGAAGAAAAAUCACCUGUACUGAUGUAUGAUCGGCUUCUAAAUUUGGCUUCUAGUGCCCUUGCAGAGAAAGAAUUCAAGCAAGAUUCAUUGAAUUUCUGGGAAGAGCCAUAUCGGCAUGCAUCUGUAUGGAAACCCUGUGCAGAUAGAAAAAGUUCAAAAAUUAUAGGGAAGUCUGAAAAAAGUAAUGGCUUUAUAUUGGUCAGUGCAAAUGGUGGUCUCAAUCAACAGAGGGUUGCUAUUUGCAAUGCUGUUGCUGUGGCUUCUCUUCUUAAUGCUACUCUAGUUCUCCCCAAAUUUCUUUACAGCAAUGUGUGGAAGGAUCCUAGCCAGUUUGGUGAUAUUUAUCAAGAGAAUUAUUUCAUUAAUAUCAUGAAGGAUGAACUAGAAAUUGUAAAGGAGCUCCCUCCUCAUUUGGAGUCACUAGACAUGGAAGCAAUUGGCAGUCUAAUUACAGAUGCUGAUAUUCCGAAGGAGGCAAAACCCAUAGAAUAUGUCCAAAAAGUACUUCCUCUCUUAUUAAGGAAUGGUGUUGUCCACUUUCUUGGAUUUGGAAAUCGACUCGGCUUUGAUCCAUUGCCUUUUAAGCUUCAGAGGUUAAGAUGCAAAUGUAACUUUCAUGCUCUGAAGUUUGUGCCAAAAAUUCAACGAGUUGGUUCGUUAUUGGUUCAAAGGAUAAGAAAAUAUGAUGCUGCAAAGAGUAGGUUAGAUAAACAGCUGCUUGGAAACUUCAUGUCCAACAUUCCCUUGAAAGAGAACCAUGCUGAAGGGGGCCCAUCCAAAUAUCUUGCUUUGCACUUGAGAUUUGAAGUGGAUAUGGUGGCAUACUCCCUAUGUGAAUUUGGAGGUGGAGAAAAUGAGCAAAAGGAACUUCAGGCCUACAGAGAAACUCAUUUUCCCCUGCUUAUUGAGCGCUUGAAGAAUGUGAAACCUGUUUCCCCUACACAACGGAGAAAGUUGGGGAAAUGUCCAUUGACACCAGAAGAAGCAGCACUAGUUCUUUCUGGUCUUGGUUUUAAGCGGGGAACUUACAUCUACCUGGCUGGGUCUCAUAUAUAUGGGGGACAGUCUAGAAUGCAUCCAUUCACUAACCUUUAUCCCAAUUUGGUCACGAAGGAGGAUCUCCUCUCACCCAGUGAACUCGAACCUUUUAGGAAUUUCUCUUCCCAGCUGGCAGCUCUGGACUUUAUUGCCUGUGCAACUGCUGAUGUGUUUGCCAUGACUGACUCUGGGAGCCAAUUAUCAUCCUUGGUGUCGGGGUUCCGAACGUACUAUGGUGGUGGACGUGCUCCCACCUUGAGGCCUAACAAAAAGAGGCUAGCAGCAAUUUUGAUGGAGAGUAGGACCAUAGAAUGGAAGAGUUUUGAAGAUAGAGUAAAAAAGAUGAUCGAGGAGGGUCAAAGGGUGCGGGUGAGAGGUUUUGGUCGAAGCAUUUAUCGACAGCCAAGGUGCCCCCAAUGCAUGUGCAAAUCCCACUUACAUUGACAACCUUUCCAAGGGUCCUUCAUCCUUUCAAUAUUCUUUCAUUCAUUGAUGAGAGACCAUGCCUGGCAUUAUGGUGGUGUGGAACCUCAACCUCAACCUCAAUCUCAACCUCAAGCCACAUGUGGAUUGGAAGGUGAAUGAAUCAUGCUAUUGUUGAUUGAAGGCAAGACCUGUUGGAUUGAUGUAUAUCACGGGAUAAUGGGGCAUACAAACCAUCUGUUGGGCUGCAUUAUUUUUAAUUUUAAAUCUUCCUCUAUGAUUCUUUUAUCAUUGUUUUUGACUCUGAAAAUAUAAUAAUUCAAAUUUCA